AUGAUGUUGCAGUAUGUAACUGUAUUUGACCCUAGUCGUAGCACUAAUGAGGAAGACAUACAUAAACAACUAUUGCUUUAUCAUUCCUUCACAGGCUCGGAGACCACCCUACAAGAUAAAUUGAGCAAAAUUGGUGUAAUCCAAGGUAUAUGGUCACUGACAGACUCACUUAAUGAUGGAGAAAAGAGCUGCGAAAAGGUAAUAGAUCUAGAUGCUGGCGUUAUAUUGACAAUUAAGGUGGAGUCGAAAUUUUUCAUAUGCAUGAGUAUUGCUCGAAAUGAAUCAGAACUUGCUAUCCCACAUCAAUUGUAUAUGUCACAAAUGUGGUAUUGCUACUACUUUUUCACCUUGAACUAUGGUAAGUUGAAAAAUAUCGAGGAUACUAGAAAGCUAACAGCUUCGCUCAAUGAGCAUUUUGUUUCAUUUUGGAAUGAUAUUGUUCUGCGACCUGAAGUCAUUGCUCGCAGAGGAAUUACAGGACUGUGGCCGCAUUCUUGUAAAAUAGCAGAGUUAGAAUUCAAUGCUGAAGAAGAGUCUUGGGAAUCUAUGGUAAAACAGAGUAUUCUUUUAGAGACAGAUAGCUACUUAGGAAUUAAAGACAUACUUGUCUAUCACUUACCAAGCCAAAAUUCGGUUGUAGAACACAAGAAGCAAAUUAAGCUGGGUUACAAAACAUAUGGCCUGGUAAGACAUUUCUCCCCGGAUUUAGAAAUCACUAAUGAGUUAUCAAACUGGAUUUAUCACAAGCACGCGGUCUAUGACUUCUUAUCUAGUCAUGUUUUGGCUGGGGCCGCUCAUUAUAAGGAGGCUUUUGAAGGUUUGGAUACUUCGCAUGAAUCAAACAAUGAUUUCACGACAGAAGCGCAAAGCACUGGCACCCAGCAGUCACAGACUGAUUUUCAGCUCAAUUUACAAAAACAGGGGAAGGUCCUAUUGCACAACUUAACACUGCCAUUUACUUUUGCGUACGAUGCGGUACAAGAAGUUAGUUACACUGCCGGAAUAUCAAAAAGUAUGUCAUUAUUUAUGGACUACGUACCGAAAUGGCGUAAAUCGGGAAGUGACAACCCUUUUACAGAUGACAUCGACGAUUCAAAUAACACAAAUUCAAGAUAUGGGUUUCUUAUAUCACCACUGUGCUCGCAAAUGCUACCCACGAGCUAUAAAGUUAAAAGCGUUAAAUAUUACGAUAAAGACACCGGUGACCGAAAAGAAUAUCAUUUAUUAUUUUGGUACUAUGGUGAUGUUCUUGCAGUUAUUGUUUGUGAACCAAACUUCUCAAAGAUUUGGGACACCCAAUACUUGCAAGAUCUGAGCUAUAAGCUACGAUUAAGCAUGGAAUGCUUUUAUAGAACUGCUUUCAAAAAUCCUGAGAUCCAGGGGAAAGAGAAUAAAAAAGAAUCAUUUUCCUAUGUCGUACUAAAAAAGGACGAUAAAACGAUCAAAUCCUCUCUUUCUCCCUCACACGAUAUAUCUCUGCAAAAUGACAGUGUUACUCCAUUGGAAUUGGUAGUCAACGGUGUGGAUCAACUUUUUGGAGCAGCUAAUACUCAUUAUUACGAUGAUUCGGGGAUAAGAAUACGGGGGCUUGAUAUGAUGGGAGGGAUAUUUGGAAACAAAAAUACUAAUAAAACAGAAGGAUCAAACAACAGUAGAGAUUUAACAAAUAUUUAUGAGAAAACCUACGAGAACUUCGUUGAUGGUUUACCGCAGGAUAAAAAAUGGGAUUUACAAUUACAAAUAUUAGCUUUUUUGAAGAGUUUUGAAAACUCUCAAAAGACACGAAAUAUUAUUGAGGAGAGAUUACUUAAAUUAAACAAUGGAAUUCUUUGUUAUAUCAAGGAAAAUGAUGACAACCUCACAGUAGUCUUGAAGAACUGGUAUGAGAAUGAAGAGAGUUAUAAGAGCUCUAAAUCUCUUUUCAUGAGUCUUGGAGUGGAUGUUUACAACUGGUGGAAUAGCUUAAGCCAAUAA